AUGGCAUCAUCUGUACUCAUUUCAAACCUCACACAUGAGUGGGUUGAGACCAUGAAACGGUGGCAUCUAGAGCUGUUUUGCAUCCCUACUGUUGUCAUCACUCUAGCCACUUUCCUGGUCAACCCUGUCCUCCUCAUGUGUAUUUUUCUGUCCCGGACCCUGCGUCAGGAGACCCGCUACUUGCUGGUGGCCAACACCCUGACAGCAGACAUAAUCUUCCUCAUCUUCAAUUUGAUCACACUGAUUGGCAACGCUGUGGGAGCUCAGAUACCGUGGAUCGUUUGUGAGCUCCUCUCAGCGGUCCUUGUCACGGCUUACUGCUGCGCCAUCCUCACCGUCACCCUGAUGGUGGCCGACACCUUCGCCGCUGUCCGCUGGCCUCUUUACUACCACGACUUUCUCUCACCUGCCCGCACCAACUGCACCUUGGUGGGGUUGUGGGUGCUGUCAGCCAUUUACCCCUUCACCUUAAUGAUCAUUGUGAAGAAAGAUAGGGGCAGUUAUGAAAAAGUGCCUAUCUGUCUGGCUCUCAUCUCCCUCGGUUUCCUUCAGGUCAAAAACAUCGGGGCGAUCUACUUGUACUUCUUUGUUACGGCUCUAGUCUGUGCCUUCCUCAUUUUUUACUGCUACAUUCGACUGUACAUAGUCACAAGGACGCAGGGGAUCUGGCACAGCCGUUUCUCCAGGGCUCGGGUCACCGUGCUGUCCCACGGGGUUCUUCUCCUGCUUUACUUUGCCCCUGGGUUUGUCUUCAUCCUGGAGCUCUUCAUGUUCCAGCGAGAAGGUGUAAGUCAGGAUGUUCGGGUGUGGAUCAGCACGGUCAACGCUUGUGUCUUCAUGUUGCUGCCCCGGGCGUUUGCUCCUUACCUGUAUGGACUAAGGUACAGGGAGAUCGCUGAAUCUCUAAUUGCACUUCUGCCUCACCACAAGAGACUCAGCCAGAUCACCUUAUCAUGA